AUGGGUAAUUGUUGGCGAAUGCCAGAAGAUCAUACUAAUCUUCUACCAAUAUCUUCUACUCAUAAUGCUUCAGUAUCAGUAUCUUCAUCAAGUUCACAUCCAAGUUCGACAACAUCUGAUUCAUCUAUUCCAAAAUUAGUCACAUUAAAUCGUUCAUCAGUUAACUCAACAGCAAUACCAACAACAGAUAUCAAUGUAAUUAAAGCUGCACAAUGUCGAAAUCUUUUUGAACAUUUACCGUUAAUUAAAUAUAAUGAAAAAACAAUAAAACAAACUGAUUGUGCUAUAUGUCUAAUUGAUUUUCUGCCUAAUGAACAAAUCCGACAAUUACCAUGCGAUGGUGCACAUAUAUUUCAUCCAUCAUGUAUAGAUGGAUGGCUACAAAAAAGUCUCACAUGUCCACAUUGUUCAACUAAUGUUGAUGCAGCACUUCUUCUCAAAUUUAUUCCUAACUCAUAUGAAAAUGAUGAUGAAGAUUGA